CUUUCCUGAACUCUCCUCCUUCAUCCCUACUUCCAUAGCCACCAGCUGAACAGCAUGGGAAAAGGCACGGACAAGCUCUACAUUACCCACUCUGAGUGGUCCUCCGCAGACUCCUUCGGAACGUCGCGCGGCGCAAACACGAGCAAAGCCUCCGCCGCCGGGCUCGCCUCAACCUUCAAACGCCUCCCCUUCAACUACUGCGCCGUCUCCCUCCAGCCCUUUACUGAUCCCGUAUGCACCUCCUCCGGUACGAUCUUCGACCUCACGCACAUUCUCACCUGGCUCUCGAAACACCCCGACACGAACCCCGUCGACGGCGCGCCGCUGAAACGAUCGGACCUUAUAACGCUCAACUUUACGAAGAAUGAAGAUGGCGAGUACGUGGAUCCGGUGACGUACAAGGUCUUCACGGAUAACACGCACAUCGUCGCGUUGCGGAAGAGCGGGAAUGUGUUUGCAUGGGACACGGUGGAGCGGUUGAACAUUAAGGCGAAGAACUGGCGGGAUCUGGUGUCGGAUGAGGAGUUCACGAGGAAGGACAUCAUCACACUGCAGGAUCCGCAGAACAUUGAGUCGCGGGACUUCAACUCGUACAAGCAUAUCAGGGAAGGCGAGGCGGUGAUACCAGGGUCUGAGAGCAGUGUGAACACUGAUGCGCUAGGAAAUGCGGGAAAGAUUCUGAAGGCGAAGGAGGCUGUCGCAAAAGCGCGAGCGGAUCGACAGGCCAAAGCGCAAGGCAAACCUACGACGAAGAACGCUGUAGCCACCGUGCCGAAGAACGGAACAGGCGCGAAGCCAGUCACCACGCAAGCCGCAAAGCCCGCAUACAAUGCCGCCGUUUACACCUCCGGAAAAGCAGCUGCGUCCUUCACCUCCACCGGCAUGACCCCACAUACCUCCGGCGAGCGCGCUGUCCUUUCCGACGAAGAUUACAUGCUAAAGCCAAAGCGCGUGAAGCAGAAAGGCUACGCACGGAUAUCGACCUCCCUCGGCGACCUCAACAUCGAGCUCCUCCCCGAAUUCGCACCGCGUGCGGUAUGGAACUUCGUCCAGCUGGCCAAGAAGGGAUACUACAACAACACAAUCUUCCACCGAAACAUCAAGGGCUUCAUGAUCCAAGGUGGCGAUCCCUCGGGCACCGGAAGAGGCGGACAAAGUAUAUGGGGCAAGCCUUUCAACGAUGAGUUUGACGGACCGAAUACACACAACACGCGGGGCAUCCUGUCUAUGGCGAACAAGGGCAAGAAUACGAAUACCUCGCAAUUCUUCAUCACAUACCGCCAAGUGCCACAUCUGGACCGGAAACACACCAUAUUCGCACGAGUAGUCGGCGGCCUGGACACCACACUGAAGGCGAUGGAGCUUGCCGAGACAGGCGAGAAAGACAGGCCAGUGGACGACAUUGAAAUCCUGGACAUAGUAGUCUUCGUCGACCCCUUCGAAGAAUGGCAGAGAGAGCGCACGGAGAAGGAGGCAAAGGAGCACGAGGAAGAGGAGAUACGGCGGCAAGGCGGAACUGCGGAUGACAAGACGACUUGGACGGGCAAGCGCAUACGCGCAGACGGGACUGUGGACGAGGGAAACGGGGAAGGCUUGGGUGUGGGGAAGUAUCUCAAGGCGGCGAGGCAGGAGAUGCACGACGACGAUGAGAUAGUAGGAUUUGUGGACGAGGAAGAAGUGAUGCCGGUCAAGAAGAAAGCCAAGACUGGCGGGUUUGGCAAUUUCGACGCCUGGUGAUGAUUUGCUGGCAUGAGCAUGGUUUUACAGAAAAAUGAUACCCAAAAUGAG